UCUCAGCGAUCCCGGUUGCAUUAUUUUUGAUUUCCUGUGGGAUGAAGUUUCCGUUCUACUACCACGACUGCAGUCAUGCAUAUAGUGUCCCAUGACUGAUUUCGUGCUCACCCUGACCUGCUACACCAAGAAUCAACCCAGAAGGCUAGGUAUCCUAGGUUAUUGUUUGUGUACUAAUCUGUGCAUUUUUUUUUCCCUUAUUACUCAGGAAAUGAUCAAAUAACCUAAUGCUAAAAUAGCAGGUGUUUUUAUGCUCGUGUGAUGUCCUCUUGAUUGAUAAAAUCACGCCGUGCAGCGUGUCAUUACGGCGUAAUGCUCGCGUGCUUGUCAAUAAUGUAGUAUAACGGCAGCGCGGACGACGUUAACCGGAGUUUUGUUUUGGGAUUGUUCGCCGUGCAGCUGACCGAGUCAGCAGUGGACUUGUUAAAUGCUCCCAUAAAGAAUGACCCGAAAAGUCUCCCUGGCUCCACGGAAAUUAAAGUGCCAACGGCAACAUCGGGGGACUGAAAAGGGGAUUUAAAGGGCGAGAUUUGUGUUGGAGUGCGGAUUGGAUGAAUCACACCAGGCAGUAGCCGGAGAGGGAGAGAACAACAGUUGCACCCUGAGGUCUCCGACGCAUCUUUACGAAUAAAAUCCAGUUCAUCUAACGUUAUAUACCAAACAACGAAAAAGGAAACAUGUCAGCACGCAAGGUGUGCACUGGCCGGACUCCGCUGUUUGCUUCUGCUAGGACACGAGUUUCCACAGGCCGCUGACUAAACACCGCAACACCCCAGCGACAGGGGAGGGAGGGACAGCAGCCCUUCUUUAAUGGUCCGAACACUCUUCUGAAUGCAGCAUCAGCUGACCUCACAAACCAGGGCGACCAUGCUGUUUAUCUUGGCCACAGGGUGUGUGUUCUUCCCAGGGCUUUUUUUCUUCUCAAAACAGUGUUUGAAAAACCUCCCUGGUCUAAAAUGGAACGAGGGGGAUGCCGUCAUGGUAUCAGCCAGGGUGGUUUCAUCCCUUCAAGCCAUCAUGGCCUCCUCAGCUGGAUACAUCAUCUCAACUUCCUGUGAUGACAUCAUUGAGGAUCAGCACUGGCUGACUAGCGCUUACAUCCUAUUCGCUGUGCCCUACUUUGUCUACGAUAUCUAUGCCAUGUUCCUGUGCUACUGGCACAAGCUUCAUGUCAAAGGUCAUGAGGUGGAUGACAGGCCCAAGUCAAAAUCUGUGGCACUGACAAGAUACCUCCGGCGAGAGUUCCUCAUGGUCUUGCAUCACGUUGUUAUGGUCACUGUGUGCUUCCCUGUCUCUGUGUUUUGGAGGCAGGGGAAGGGCGAUUACUUCCAGGGCGUCAUGUUCCUAGCGGAACUCAGCACUCCUUCCGUCUGCUUAGGCAAAAUCCUCAUUCAGUACAAACAGCAGCACACGCUACUUCACAAAGUGAACGGGGCUCUCAUGCUGGUCACUUUCUUCAUCUGUCGAGUCCUUCUCUUCCCCUACCUCUACUAUGUUUACGGCAGGUAUGCCUCCAUUCCUUUCUACCUGGUCCCACUGGUGGUGCCCUGGCAGUGUAACCUGGGAGCAGCGCUCCUCAUGGCCCCACAGGUCUACUGGUUCUCUCUCAUCUGUCGUGGGGCACUGCGCCUGUUUACUGGCAGCUCUUCACACUCUCACGGGCCCACCACACCUCCGGCCAAGCCCUGCCUGGACAGUCACACCCCCUUGCCUCAGCAGGCCAAUGGGUACAGCAGUCGCAUGGCCACUCUGGACAUGCCCACCACCAUGACCCACUAAGAGAGGGUGCUGCAGUAGGAGGGGCCUUCAAAUAGAAAGGGACUGGAGGGAAGCGGUUAAGAGAGUGGAAGCUGUGUGUUAUAGAUUAAAUGGUCAGCAAAAUGAGCCUGAAGGACUAAUUAAACUGCUGACUGAAUCUGAAGCAAAAAUAUAAAGAUUAAUCUGAGGACAUUACAGUGCAGGAACUGUAAUAGUUGUGCUAUAAUUAUACUAUAACACAGUACAGUACUAUGAUUAGCACCAAGACUCAUGUACUCCAUAUAGGAUUGCUUUAGUAGAUGAAUGAAACCUAUUCUGGCAAAAAGAUUGUAACAAAACACAUAAUAGUAUUUGCACAAUGGUUAAGCCUGUGUCAAAUGCACAUGUUUGAGCAACUGAGGCAAUAUGCAUCAUUAUAAUGCAUCAUAGGGCACAUAAGGAGUUGUAGUGACCGAUUAUAUAGGCAUGUCAUGGUUGUGUGCAAGAAAUAAUCAAUUUAAUGGAUAUAAAUCAUUUUGAAAUUUUGAUAGAAAAAUCAAUAUCUAAACCUGCAUAUAUUUUAGAUGUAACAUUACGUUAGUGGAAACACAAAUGGCAAUAAAACCUAAAUUGUUUUCAUAAGCAAGACAGCACCCUAUAAAGGAAAUAAUUUGAGAAAACUUUGAAAGACCUCUCAUUAAAAAGCGGGUAGGUUAAUGAUAGACCUCCCCUGUUUCAUUAAAAAAAUCCAUAAAAUGUAACUAAACUCUGUUUGUCUGCGAGGGGAGACACUUCAGGGUUUUGGAAUGUAUUAUUUUGUACAUGCUAGUAUAUUGUUUAUAGAUGGUCUGGCUAAACUUACUAACCGAAGCAUUAAGGUUUUACUUAAACGAUUUUGCUUAAAAGUCCUGCUCUAAGGCCAUAUGUACAAUAGUACAUUCAUUUAAGGCAGAACUUUGAGGUACAUCUUUACCAGCACUAUCUGUAUCUAUCUAUCUAUUAUCUCUCUCUCACACACACACACAC